AUGAACCCCACACGACAGCGAAAUUCCUGCGAAGCAUGCCGGGCCCGAAAGCUCAGGUGCUCAGGCGAAAAGAGCGGUUGCUCUCGUUGCCGGGGAUUAACAUUGACAUGUAAAUUCAAAGACAAAGGAGCGCCUGGAAGGCCGAGAAAGCGUGCACGACAAGAAGAACCAGAUCAUCAUUUGGUCGACGGCGAGGAACAAAUAGGAUCGUCAAGCUCCUCUCACUUAUCGCCUAUUGUUUCUCAGUCGCCUUUUGGCCCUCACGAGGCCGGCAAUAUGCUAAUGGCAGCCGGCGAAUUCGACUCAUUACCAUACGAGCUAUCAGGGAACUGCGGAUUCGAUUCCUCCCACUGGGAGAUGCUGGGGAACGGCGAUAUGUGUUCCUUUCCCCUUGGGUUAUUGCACACAUCCCGCCAUAACGCAUUACACGACCCUGAAAUACCUCCAAUAGCCUUAGAUCCAUACAUCUCUCCCAUGUCAUUCUCACAGUCUUGUAAAUGCGACGAAGAGGUCUCCGAUCUAGUUCGGAAUCUAAGCUGCGCGGAUAUGUCACACGAUAUUAUUCCGGUGCUUCGAACAGGCGUCUCACUCACAGAGCGACUACUGAUCUGUCCUAUGUGCUAUGAUGUGUCAAAACCACCGCGAUUAACGGUCCAAAAUGUGCUUCUCAUCGGCCAGCUCAUGCUCGAAGUAACAGCCGGCUACCAAAAGUACAUCCGAUGGCUGGAUAAACACUGCACUGAACUCGACUCCAAAAGUGAGACUAGAACGGUCUAUCUUGACUCCGGACUUGGAGUUCCAUCAGAACUAAAUUUGCAAAUCGGCGGCGAGAAACUCAGAGAUCUCGUGGUGCACGGCCUCCAGACAGAUGCCGAACGGCUUUUCGUGCUGGGCAAACAGUUUGCGCAGCGACAACGCAAUCGCCAUAUGGUUGGCCACGAAACUUGUCCUAAUUCUGAAGGUCGUUGUCGGAGUAAGGAGGAUGCUGUUAAUCACGACCCGCUCGAUCUAUGCCCGCAUGAUCCAAUAGCCCGGAAAUUGGUCCCUUGUUUCCGUAUCGUUGAUGAGGUUCGCGGGAUGAUCAAGCAAGUUGCAGAUGCCGUUGUGUGA